UCUCCUCUUAACUCUUACAUUAUGUCUGCUCCUGGCCAAGUCCACAUCCACAAGCUGACCCCUCGGGAUCUUGUCACCAAAGAGAACAAGGAAAUCAACAAGUACAGUCGUACCAUCACCCAGACACCCACUGCAGGUGCAGCCCAAGCUCAAUUGUAUGCAACUGGUUUGACAGACAAAGACAUGAGCAAGGCCCAAGUUGGUAUCACAAGUUUUGGAUAUGACGGUAACCCAUGCAACAUGCAUAUCAAUGACUUGGCUCUCAAGGUCAAGGAAGGUGUAUGGAAGGCUGGCUUGGUUGGUUACCAGUUUAACACCAUCGGUGUCAGUGAUGCUAUUCCUAUGGGAAGUGCAGGCAUGUCAUUUUCACUUCCCAGCCGUGAUAUUAUUGCCGACUCAAUUGAAACUGUUAUGAGUGCUCUGUGGUACGAUGCCAAUAUUUCUAUUCCAGGCUGUGACAAAAACAUGCCAGGUUGCAUGAUUGCUAUUUCUCGCCUGAACCGUCCAGCCAUUGUAAUCUAUGGUGGAACUAUGAAAAAGGGACACCGUACUCUUGGAAACUGCUCCAAUAAUGAGAUUGACAUUGGUAGUGCUCUGGAGUGCAACGGGCAGUUUAUUAGUGGCAAGAUCAAUGAAGAAGAACGCAAAGACAUUAUUCGCAAUGCUUGUCCUGGUGCAGGAGCCUGUGGUGGAAUGUUUACUGCAAACACCAUGUCUAGCGCUAUUGAGGCCCUUGGUAUGUCCUUACCCUAUAGUUCAUCAGUCCCUGCCGAGGACCCUCUCAAAAUACACGAGUGCCUGCGUGUCGGUGCUGCUAUCCGAAACUUGCUCGAGAAGAACAUCACUCCUCGAGACAUCCUGACCACAAAGUCUUUUGAAAACGCAUUGACAUUGAUUAUGGUCUUGGGUGGUUCUACAAAUGCCAUUCUUCAUAUGCUAGCAAUGGCCAAGGCAGCAGAAGUUCCUCUUACUCUGGAAGAUAUUCAAGCUGUGUCAGAUAAGACACCUUUCUUGGCAAACCUGCGUCCCAGUGGACGUUAUGUGAUGGAAGACCUGCACCAUGUAGGUGGAACACCAGCUGUUCUCAAGUACUUGUACGAGAAUGGUAUGAUCCAUGGUGAAUGUAUGACUGUAACCGGAAAGACCAUGGCCGAGAAUUUGGCUGGGGUUGAUGGACUCAAGCCCGGACAGGACGUAAUCUACCCUCUCACAAACCCAAUCAAGCCAACUGGUCAUCUUACAGUACUGCGCGGCAACCUCGCUCCAGAAGGUGCUGUAGCAAAGAUCACUGGAAAGGAAGGAUUGGCCUUUACAGGAGUUGCGCGUGUAUUUGAUGAAGAAGAUGAGAUCUUUGUGGCUUUGGAGAAAAACAAGAUUCCCAAAGGGUCUGUUGUUGUGAUUCGCUAUCAGGGACCCAAGGGUGGACCCGGAAUGCCAGAGGUAAACAUAAAACCUACUGCUGCUAUUAUGGGUGCUGGAUUGGGUAAGGAUGUAGCCUUGAUCACCGACGGCCGAUUCUCAGGAGCUUCUCAUGGAUUCAUCAUUGGACACGUUUGCCCAGAAGCUCAAGUUGGUGGACCUAUAGCACUAAUCAACGACGGUGACAAGAUCACUAUUGAUGCUAAUACCAAGGAAUUGACUAUCCACGUCUCAGAUGAAGAACUCUUGAGGCGUAAAACUGGGUGGAAGCCCAAGCCCCCAAAGUAUACAAAGGGAGCUAUGGCACGCUAUGUAAUGACAGUCAAGAGUGCAAGUGAGGGUGCUGUGACAGAUGAGCUCUAAAAGAUAAACGGAGUACACAAGACACUUGAUCCAAAAUGUUUUUUUUUUUUUUUUUUUAAGAAUAAUAUUAUAAAUUCAAUAAACACAAAAGUAUAUUCUAGCCUAU